AUGGCCGUCCAUUGGACCGAUUUCACCAUCGAUUACGCCGGGAAGGGCCCGCGGCCGCUGCGGCGGUUGGUGAAUCGUUAUAUCACCCACGAGGCGGACUUCUCCAAGACCUACGCCCAGCUCCUCACGAGCGUCGAGGCCGCCACCCGGCAGCUCGACAGCCUCAACGCGAAGUUGAACAUCUUCCAGGGCUCCUCAACCCGGCGAAAAUCCUCCUCCGGCUCCAUCGCAAAGGUGGCCUCGCGAAAAAGGAAAACAACCUAA